UUCGGCCACAUCUGCGUCUAAUCUGAUGCUUAAUGUGAUUGAUAGUUAAUGCAUAUAAUUUAACAUUAAACACAAGCGUAGCCAUAGAUUAACGCACUAAUCUUACAACGACAUCGUUAAUGAUAUUAGGCGUUAAACGAUAGUUUGGGUGGCGGUCUUUUUUCAUACAUCAAAGAGACCUCACGCGUAUUGUGUUGGGUUAUUGUUAUUAAUACAUAAAUGUAACCACUUAAAAAUGUAAAAUCUGGCACAUAAUUUUUUCUAGCAUUAAUUGACUCGUUCGUUUAUGGCUAUGGGAAGUUAAUACAGAUGUGGCCUCAGCAUAACAAGACGAGUACUAAAUACUUUGGCCAGCCAUUUCAUAAGAUCUUCGAUACAUUUAUUCUUAUCAAGUGUCGGGUUAACAAACUGAUUUGCUAUCAGUUCGAUGCUUUCGUUUUCAUUAGAUAUGUAUAUCGAUAUAUAUUAUUAAACAGUUAUUUUAUUUCGUUGAUCGUCAUGGAACAGUAAAGCAUCAUUCUAACUCACUUAUAUUGGCACGAGAGCGCAUUCCGAUCUUCUGAGUAUUAUGUGUUGAAUUUUCGUUCAUCUAGUCAAUUGCUUUUUCAUCGCAUAAACAUUUUGAAUCGUGUUAUACAUUUUUCAUCUUUCGUUUCCUCAACCAUAACCGGCAGAAGUGUAAAAAAUCUGUGCUCAUUCUCUGUGAAUUUUUAAUUAUUUUGUGAUUUGUUUACGCAGUAUGUGUUGUUUUUAGUAAAAAUUUUUAUCAACAACUGUUAACGAUCUAGAUCUUAGUGCAAGACUAAAGCAGUCAGAAGAUACACGUGCAUUGGAUUCUAACAUACACAUUGAUAAGAAGCGUAUUAUUUUUGAAAUAGGAUUAUUAGACCAUGGUUUGUAUAGCUGGUCUACCAUGCGUGAUUAAGUUCAAUCUAUAUAAUGGAGCCAAAGAUAAGAAUCUUUCCAACAUCGAAUUUGUAUUAAACGAAUCUACUCGCGGCAGAGAUCUUUACGAUUAUAUUCAAGAAUGUGGACAAAUACAGCCUGACAGCUUUAAAUUAUAUUUGUUGUCAUCAGAAGUAAUGAUUGAUUUAUCUGAAAUGAAGGAUAAAACAAUGUCAGAAAUUGGUGUAGAUUUUUCCUACGCUCGAGAUUCAACUAAAUCUAAAUACACACUUGUAGUUUUGGAUUCAACCAGUACAAGUUUUUGUACCAAUAGUUUGGUACAAAAACAAGUCGAAUGUAAUCUACCUACGUAUAAUCCACCGCCACCAUCUCCUAAUCAUUCAUCUGUAUGGAGCGAAGGAAAUGUUGACUUUAAAAGUCUCAAUAAACCUGAAAUAUGUUAUGUUGGUUUAGUAAAUCAAGCAAUGACUUGUUAUUUAAAUAGUCUACUUCAGGCAUUGUAUAUGACUCCCGAAUUUCGAAAUGCACUGUAUAAUUGGGAAUAUGUAGAAGGGUCAGAGAAAGAUGAAGCUAAUAGUAUCCCGUAUCAGUUACAAAAGUUGUUUUUAAACCUACAGACAUCGGCAAAAUCUGCAGUGGAGACAACAGCAUUAACAAAAAGCUUUGGUUGGGAUUCAACAGAAGCCUGGCAGCAACAUGAUAUUCAAGAACUUUGUAGAGUUAUGUUUGAUGCUUUAGAACAAAAAUUUAAGAAUACAGAACAAGCUGAUUUAAUUAACAGACUCUAUGAAGGAAAGAUGAUUGAUUAUGUUAAAUGCCUUGAAUGUAGUACUGAAAAAUCUAGAGAGGAUACUUUUCUUGAUAUUCCAUUACCAGUAAGACCAUUUGGUAGUAAUGUGGCAUACAGUAGCGUGGAAGAAGCUUUAAGAGCCUUUGUACAGUAUGAAACGUUGGAAGGAAAUAAUCAAUAUUUUUGUGAAAAAUGUAACAAGAAAUGUGAUGCUCAUAAAGGAUUAAAGUUUACAAAAUUUCCCUAUCUUUUAACGCUACAUCUUAAGCGAUUUGAUUUUGAUUUUAAAACUUUCCACAGAAUUAAGCUGAAUGAUAAGGUUACUUUUCCAGAUAUAUUAAAUUUAAAUCCUUUCAUAUCCUCGAUACCAAAUCAAGAAUCUCCGAGCAGCGAUGAAAAUAUUGGUUUAGUAAAAUGCGAUGAUAGUUCGACAACAGAUAGCGGUACAUUAGAUGAUGAUUAUGUCCUAUGUGAAAAUAAUCUUUCCAACAGUAAUCAUUCGACAAAUCACGAUCAAGACGAUGAUGAAGGUAUAGACAUGAGUAAUGGACCGUCGACAUCAAAUUGCACAGUACACAAUCAUGAAAAUGAAAAAAAUCGUAAUAGCAGCAGUGCGGCUAAAGGACCUUAUAAUUAUGAAUUAUUUUCAAUUAUGAUCCAUAGUGGGAGCGCUAGUGGUGGUCAUUAUUAUGCCUACAUCAAAGAUUUCAGAACACAAGAAUGGUUGUGUUUUAACGAUCAAAGUGUAACUCAGAUCACUCAUGAUGAUAUUCAGAAAACAUAUGGUGGUGGUCCAAGUAGACCGUAUAGAGUAUCAAGUAGUUGUGCCAAUGCGUAUAUGCUUAUGUAUCGGCAGAUCGAUCCUGUUCGUAAUGCUUUACCCAUGCAAGUGCAAGAUUUUCCGAAACACAUACAGGAGUUGUUGAAAAAGAUGAAAGAAAAUGAGGAUAAUGAUAGGAAAACUCGUAUCUCACAACACGAAAGUCACACGCUACGUAUCCCACACGACGAAAAUCGUAUGUCACAAUACAAAACUCGCACGCUACGUAUGUGUGUCCCACUCCAUGAAUUCGAUUCUCGUGUAAGUUACUUUUCUCGUAAAGUAAAAGUGCACUGUGUACGUCCGAAUGAAAAUAUUCUACUGAGUCAUAGACUUCCCUUGCCGCCCGACGCAACUUGGGCAGAAACAACAAAGCAAGUUUAUAAAAACUUCCGUUUAGAAAAGAUAGUAGAUUUAGAUCAGUGUCGUUUAGUUGCAUACGACGAGUAUAAUCACGAAAUCGUGGCCAGCUACGAAGGAAGGGAAAACGAAACAUUUGAAAGUAUUUCGAAUAAUCGAAUAAAUAGCCUGUUAUUAGAAAUACGUGAUAAAGAUAAAAAAUUCGAAUCAUAUCCAAGAGGUAUCGUUACAAAAGUAUUUAUUGUUGAUGUACCUACAAGAGAACUUAUAGAAGGUCCAAUAAUCGUACGAGCUUUACUUACGCAAACUGUAAAAGAAUAUAAACAAAUGGUUGGAAAGAAGAUCAAUAUAGAUCUCAGUGAGAUGGAGGUAGUUUUGCGAAAACAUGGAACAGAUACUACACUCGUGUCGAAUAGCGAUGUUGAUCUUCAAGCUGCAGGGUUUUGUAAUUUGGUCAACGUGUUCAUGUCUAGUAUGCUGGAUACCGAGUAUAAACCUUUCUUUAACACAGCAAUAUGCGGAAUUGUUGAAGAGUUAGAAAACAUCAUAACGUUACGUAUAAAGUUACCCGAUACAAGUAAAGAAAUGCUGGAAGAUUUAAAUAUCCCACCAUUAGAAGAGGAACCUAAAGACAAAGAGAAACCUGUGGUUUCAACCAGUCCAUCCAAAGUAAGUGUUAACGACUCGAAUCACGAUGCUGGUCCGAAAUCUAACGAAGUUUCAAAGAGUGGAAAAACUACCGAAGAUACUCCUGUAAGAAAUCCGAGUCCACAGUUGGGAGAAGGUGAAGAAUGGAAUACUCCUGAACAAAGUAAUAGCGAGGAUAGCAGUCUCAGUGAUAGUGAUAAAACAUUGGUCGGGGAUGCUCCGGAAGAUGAUGUUUUUCAAUUACCGUAUCUUCCUUCAAAAAAUCGUGCCAUUAAAAUGCUAAAUCAUAUUGGACUUGAAAAUUGGGACAAUGUUAUCGAUGAUUCGGAAUAUUAUGUCAAAGUCACCCCUUACAUGAGUAGUUAUCGAAAGUGUUUAAAGGUACUGGUUGAUAAAAGGAUGACAUUCAGUACCUUAAAGAAACAUUUAGAACCUUAUGUAGGUGUACGUUCAGAUUAUUUCAAAAUAUUUCGUUACUUUAACGAAUCUGGCGAAUCUCAGUGUAGUCUAUUUAAUCGACUUGUUUCCUACGAGGAUGAGGAGGAACUUUGCAUAAAGCUUGGACGUGCUCUACGCAAUGGUGAAUUUACAGUAAAAUUAUAUCAGUUUUUCAUUGAUUCACCUGAGCCUUACAAAUUUUUGUGCGAGUGGAUCCUUUCGGAGGGUAUGCAAGUCGGUCAAGCGAAAAAAGAAUUUUUGGCAGAGAUUAAAAGGAAAUACGAUAUAGAUAUUCCAUAUGAAAGGUGUCGAUUGAGGAAAAAGUGUUUUAGCAAAGCUGCAAAAGUAUUUUUAGACGAUCAGAAAUUCGAGCUUCCAUUCUAUCCGCAAGUCGAAAUGAUCAUACAAGAGUUACCUGACAAGGAGCCAAUUACCAAUGGCAAUCAAGUUGUUUUAUUUGUCCGAAGAUGGUCUGUUGAAACAAUGCAACUUGCACCACUUCAGGAAAUUGUUUUGGAUAGAAAGUCUGCAGAGGAAUUGUACAAAAAAUUGUCAUCUAUAUCGGAUAUACCUGAAAAACAUAUAGAAGUAGCAAAAGCAAAAGGUUCUUUCUCAUAUACGUCAAUCGUUCGAAUUCAGAAUGAAUUAGAGUGGAACGAGACCAUGAUUGAUAUUGAACCUAGUAUUCAAGAUGGUGCUGAGUACAUAUAUAGGGAUAACAGGGAAACAGUAAAGAAUUUAACACGGGAAGAGUUCAGUGAAAUAGCAGUUCAAGAAGUGUCUCAUUUAUUACCACCUUCCUCGGCGCCACGUUAUAGUGCGCGGAGAGAGAAAGCGCUUAGAAUAAAUUUGGAUACCGAAUGAUCGUCCAUCGAACAUGUAUCGUUUGAAAAACAAUUGUUAAAUAGGCAUGUGUGGGAACAUGAAACACGUACAAAGUGAUUACAUCGUGUCAGGUAUUUGUGGAAUCAAAUAUUCAACAAUCACAAAAUAUUCUGUGCUUCGACAAGUCUUAAAUAUUUCAAACCUUCCGGGCUCCCAAGGCCGAUUUUCACUUCUGGAAUCAAUCAUUCAUUAAAUGCUAUUCUAAAAAUGUUUCGAUGCCAUAAUGGUCAUCAAAUAGAAAUUUUCCAUAAUCUACAGAUUACUAAAUUGCAAAAUCUUCUUAAAGAGCACAAAUAUAUACUGAUGAAUAUAAUCGAAAUACUAAAUGUCGGUAAUUUACAAGAAAAAAAAAAGAAAAUGAAAAGAAAAUUCAAUUGCUUGGUGAUAAUCCGAAUUUAAAUUAUGGACUUCUAUACAUAUAAUAUACAUAUACGUGUACAAUUGAUAUAUUCAGAGUUCCUGCAGAUUCAUUAUUUUCACAAAAUUCCUUGAUACAUUUCUUAACCACAAGAAUUUUCACACAUUUACAUAUCUGUAUUAAAAACCGUUUUAGGUAAAUGUUUUGUUUUAACAAGUUAAAUAUUAGUGUUGGAUUACAGCACAGAGUAUAUCUGUUUGUUGAUAAACAUAUAUCUGACACAACAAUAAUUAACCCUUUUAAUGCCAGUAUAGGUUAAAUUGCAUUCUUACAAUAUUCAUAGAAUCAUAAGUCUCAAAUUCAAUUGUUUAAUGUGGUAGUAGCAGCGCUUAGAGAUGAGUUAGCUAUUAAUUAGACGAGAUUAGUUAUGAAUUUGAUUAUAUUUUUGUUCUUUAAUUUGAAAAUUGUAUGUCAUGCUUCAUAUUGUUUUAAAUGCAUUCAACAUAUUUUACUCCAUAUAGUUUAUUGAGAAUUAUAAACAUACAAUUGAAAAGUUUUUAAAUAUCGUUAGCAAGAUACUUUCAAUUCAUUAGUUUCAUUCAUUAUUUAUUGUUUAAAUCUAGAUUUGAUUGCGCCACUACUAUCAAAUUAAGGAAACAUGUGACUAUGAAGAUCGAUUUUGAUCAGGCAUGUAUCCUACAAUCUGUUUUAAUUUAUUUAAUUAUGUAUGUUUAUCAUUCAUUAUGUGUUAUCUGUACCACUUGAAAAACAAACAAAAAGUACAUUUAACUACUCUGGCACUACUGUUGUUUCCGACAAAUCGAGUUUUCAAUGUAAAGAGAAAAAGAAAAAAAGAUUUUCAAAGUAAGUCCACCAAAUUUACAUUUUGUAUGAUAGACCAAUGCUUGUAAAUAAUAAAACUUGUGGAAUCGAAUAACGAUAUCUUUCUUCGUAUCACCAUACGUAAUAGAAUAUAAAAUUAUGUUUGUAUAUUGUACAAUAACGUAUUGCAUGUAUGUAGAGUACACCAUCUUCUUGCAUUUAUCAGCAGCCUAGCUUGGCAUUUUUUUUUCUCAAUUCCACUAGUAGAUGUUUUGGUGCUGAAAGGGUUAAAUACAAAGUUGUUAACUAUUCUUAUCACUAUUUAGAACGUUUGGUAAAAAGAAAUUGUACCUUUCAAAUGUUAUUGGCCAUUGUGUAAUCAACAAUGUUCUUACACUUUUCAGUACAAUUAUAAUUUAUAUUUAUGCUGUAUUUACAAUGUAAAAGCCCAGUUCAAAAUACAUUAAACAGCCUGUUAUAUACAAAUAUGACAAUCUAGAUAUUUAUAGAACGAAGAGUAUAAGAAAAAAAUUCCGAGUUUUUUACAGGAAAAAUUUUAUUGAGGUAUAUUAUUAUGAAAUUGAACAAAAAAGGACAUCGUGUGUUAUAUUUCUGUUGAUUCUGUUAAAAUGAAUUAAUUCUUUAGUCAAUUUUUAACCAUUAUUGCCAUUACUUCGUUUUAUAGUUGCUCAAAAUUUUUUAAUAAUAAUAUAAAUAUGAAAAGUGCAAAGAUUUAUAUACAUAAUUUGUUUUUCUUAUAUUUCAUUGUGUUGAAAAUUGUUUGAAGUUGAAUGUAACUGAUGCAACGAAUCGUAUUUUAUUCUUAAUAUCGGAAUUACAGCGUGCGGAGCUCACGUAUUUAUUAUAAUAGUUUUUAUUUAAAUUUAUUUAAUGAUAGAUGUUACUUGUAUUAUACACUAUAUACAUAUAUUUACGAAACAUUACAAUUAUUAAUAAUUGAAUAUCAAAGUAAAUUGAUGCAUUAUACGCUACUUAUAUCAAUUUAUGCUUGUAUUCGUUGAGUUACAAAUAUUUCUUUCUGUCUUAACGCGAUUGUUAUGUUCAUUAAUAUAUUUUUGCGUGAAUAGUUUGGAAUGGUCUGAAUAAAUAUUACAUUGAAAGUA